AUGAGAAGGCGGGCGAAAUAAACAAACUGUCAAUCAACCAUAGAAGGUCUCCGUGGCAUCUCUACCAUGUCACUCCAUGAAUGUGGAACGUAAAACGAAUCAAAAGCGCAGUAAUUUUGGCUAAAAGAAAGCCGGGUUCACGGUAAAUGAAUGGGUAAUGGUGAUUUUUUUAUAUUUAUAUCAUAAAUUGAUUUUCUGGGGCACAUGAAGCAGUGAAACUAGCUCAUACGUUCGUGCCGUGUGGAAUGGAUAGCACGUCUAUUAUUACUCAAGUCAGUCGCGACGACGAAACAUUAAAUGUAAAUACACAUCGAGGUGAACGUUUUGAAGUGUCGCGGAAGUCGAGUACAAAGAAACGACGACGUCGUGGUUUUCUAUCCUCGAUAUUUUGCUGUUUUGGUAGUAGAAGCCGUAACAUAAAUCAAGAGUUAAAAACUAAUGGUUCUUCGCUAACGAACCACGAUGCUCCCAUUUCCAAUUCAAACGUUGAUGAGAACGAAACAAAGGGAAAUUACCUUUUGCCCACACCAAGACAAGAUCAUAUAUCCAAGAAAUGUGUUGUUGUAGAUCUAGACGAAACACUAGUCCAUAGUUCUUUCAAACCUGUUAGUAAUGCAGAUUUUAUUGUUCCUGUUGAAAUUGAUGGCACAAUUCAUCAGGUAUAUGUUUUAAAACGGCCCCAUGUAGAUGAAUUUUUAAUGAAAAUAGGAGAGAUGUUUGAAUGUAUUUUAUUCACAGCUAGCUUAGCAAAAUAUGCUGAUCCUGUAGCUGAUCUUUUAGACAAACAUGGCACAUUUACAUGUAGACUAUUUCGAGAUUCUUGUGUUUUUCAUCGGGGAAACUAUGUAAAGGACUUAAGCAGAUUAGGGAGGAAUCUAAAUAAUGUUUUCAUUAUUGACAAUUCACCAGCAUCUUACAGUUUUCAUCCUGAAAAUGCUAUUCCAGUUGUGUCCUGGUUUGAUGACUAUAAUGAUACAGAGUUAUUGGAACUUUUACCCUUUUUGGAAACAAUGUGUAAUGUCGAAGAUGUUCGAGACCAAUUGAAAUAUCUUAAUCAUAAUUCUCCCUACAGCUCUGGUCUAUAUUAUUUUAACAAUUCAUAGAGCUCAUAUUGAUAGUAUAUUUUGCAAUGUUGCACUUAGUUACUAUUUUGGCUUAACUACUGUAACAUGUUUGCAUUUAGAAAUUUGUGAAAUCUUGAAUAUUUACAAUCAAACUUUCAUAAAAUUUUAAGACAUUAAGUGGAUGCAGACAACACUGAAAAAUUUAGGUUUUCAUUACUAAUACGUAAAUUAAAUGCAUAUUCAUGACAUUGAAUUUUAUAGAUAAUUUAAUGCCCAAGUGCUCUAUUUGCAAGUAUAGCUACAUCCUUGUGAAAAAAAUAGUAUUAACAUAUAUGUAUUGUACAGAUCAAUAUUUCUAUAUAUGAUGAUUUGCAGAUUAUUUUUGUACAGACACUUUUAAUUUUCUUAUUUCAUACUGUAAUUCCUAAAUCAGGGGCACAUCUUUUGUGUUGAAGUUUACUUAUACUAACUGUUAAAACAAUGAAUUUUAUUAAAUUUGCAUAAUGACUUAGUACUUUGAUGCCAUGCAGCUCACCUAUUUGUGAAUUGGUAAUACAUUUUUGUACAUACAUGUAUUCGUAAAAUACUUUCUUCUUUACACAUUUAAUGUAUUUUUGAAAAUUUAAUCUAUAUAGACGAAUGUACAAAAA